CUCCUAGCGCUGAAUUCCAAGAGAUCUCAUCUGUCUCUUCCUCCUCGCCAUCGCGGCGGCACUCGUUCAACUGCUCUCCCUCCCUUCCAUUUGGUGGUGCUAGUUGUGGAAUUGGCGCACGGCUUUGCCUUUGCCCUUUCCCUUCCUUUUUGAGCGCAAAUAAGCCAGCAGCUUCUCGCCUUUGGGGGAGGCGGGGCCGCCGCUUUUUGGUUGCGCCCUCCCCUCCCCUACCUUCCCACUGGGGCGCACAAAGCCGGACGGCACCACCAUUUAAAGAAGGCGAAGGACACGGAGGAGAAGAGAGCACCAGCUCACACUCCAUUCACGCAAGGAUCGCGCCGCUGCACGUUUGCCUCCUCUGCUUCUGCUGCGCCGCGAGGACGGACGGAUCGUUGGCGGCUCCAGGGCAGGCGCGUUUCUUGAUUUGGGUUCUUGGAUUGGUCGCGUGAUCAGGAAAAGAUCCUAAUUUGGUAGGAUCGGGCCGGGAGGCCGGCUUGUGCUCGUGAGUGGUUUCUUGAAUCUUAAUUCGGUUGCGUGACCUAGUGGAAGGAAUCUUGGCGACUGCUCGGGGCGACGUGGAAUUCGAUGUGGAAAGCGAAUUCCUUGGAUGGUGCGCUGCACGCCUAGGGGCCGCCGUCUUUCGUGCAAUCAUCGUUGCUUGAUUUAGUUUCUUCCUUUUCGUUCAAGUCUUACUCUAGGUGCUUGUCUAGUGUACGAGCAGAUUGAAUAGCUGUCUAGGCCCUCGUGUUUCUUGAUGCGUCUGCCUUCUUCAAGCAGCACGGCGCGUUCUCUCCCUUCUUAGCCUCUGUUGGUACUGUAGAGUCCUUGCAGAAGCCCAGUCUCUGAGGUGUUUGCUAAUUGCUUCUUUGAUUUAUCUGGUUAAAGAUGAAGUUUUGAUUAUUCGUUUACUUUUGAUGCAUUUUUUUUGGGUUGAAAACCUGCUGUGUUCUUCCUCUUAGAUAAAUCAAAACUUACAACAGCUUGUUCCUAAGGUCUAUCGACUUUCUUUUCAUGAUGUUUGUAGAAUCUUUACAUUUAGCAUGUACUCAUAUUUGUCACUUCAUCAAUGAUAUGGUCCUGAUAGAUUAUUUUUUCUGUUAAUAGUAGGAUUGGGAUAUUUAAUAAUCUUGAGCUGGAUAUUUUCACUCUUGCUCUGUAAUCUAGUCUUCUACUGCUGAGAUGACUGAAUGAUUUCACAUGGUGUACUCGUGCUUUUAUGGUGCUAUUGAUAGUUCAUCUAGUUGUGCCAGCUUUGGUUAGGCACUUCUUGUAAGACCCAUCUAAGUAACUAGUUAUCGACGUUUGACUAUAAUAAAAACUGAUCAGAUUUAAUUCCAACAGAGGACUGAGCAUUGGACGGUGCUCUUCAUGCUCUUAUCAUUUCCAUUUUUUCCAAGCUCCUUACUUGUGAGUUUAUGAUGUGAUCAAUGGUGCUUCUCUUUGAAAAGUUGAUCCUCUGUCACUAUCUGAAAGUUUAUUUUGGAUUGGAUUAGCUUUAAUGAUUUUUACUACCCUGUGUGCUGUCCAAUCCUCUAGUAUUUUAGUUUCCUCUAGGAGGAAUUAUACUAAUGUUACUUGUUUAAUAUCUUCUGUAGGAUUUUUAGCGUGGAGGUUUCUCAAAUCCUGGUACUUUCGUUAGAGGAGAUAUCUAUUAAGUUUUGUGAAUCAUCGUCAUAGUUUGGAUGGCAUCAAUGGUUACUUUGAUGAGUUUAUGGAGCCCUGGAUGGCGAGCUCAUCUAGGCUGCAUCACAAUGGAACUGUAGCAUUUGCUAUAAAAGUUCCCUUAUUUUAGAAGAAAGUUUCAAGGGGGUUUAACAAAAUAUAAGUGUUAUUCUGAAGCUUGAUGAUGUGUUAGUGAGGGUGAGGCGGGAGUGCAGAAUUUUGUCUGGCAUGCAGAUGCCAACAGAUCCUAACCACGAUGGGGAAUUUCCAUAUUCAUUCUGCAACCAACAUGUUGUUUCAUUUCAGACAAGUUCAAUUACCAGUGGAUCGGGAGUAAUGCCAGUUUGUCUGGACACUUCCAGCGGAAUGAAUGGCAAUAUGGCGAUGUUGAACACUACACCUUCAACAAUUGUAUCCUCUGGUUCACCAAACAUGAUUUCUGAUUCUAGCCAGAGCCUCAAGUAUAGCGCACCUAUGGCUGUGGACUGGUCCUAUCUUGAGCUGCAAAUGCUGAACGAUGGCCUCAAUAAGUAUGUAAAUGAACCAGGAAUAAUGAAGUACAUCAAGAUAGCAGCCAUGUUACCAGGAAAGACAGUAAGAGAUGUUGCCAUGAGAUGCCAGUGGAUGGCAGCGAGAAAAGAAGCUACAAGACGACGGAAACCUGAAGAACACUAUCUUGGAAAAAAGAUAAAAGAUAGAAAGGACAAAAUGGCUAAGCUGUCAUCAUGGGCUACUAAUCCUCCUGUUCAGACAUAUAUGAGAGCUUCUUCCUUUAUGCCUAGUAGCACCAGCCACAAUAACAGAUUUCUAUCUGGAGCCUCUCAAAUUGAUCGUGCAAUGCUAAAUAUAUUGGAAGAAAAUGCUCAACUUCUCAACCAAAUAGAAGCAAAUAUUUUAACAUCACAGGCUCAGAACAACAUCGAUCUUUUCCAUCACACAUGGAGGAACAUCAACGGUCUUCUACAAAGCAUGAGCCAAAUGCCCGGAAUAAUGAGCAAGAUGCCCCCAUUGCCUGUUUCGGUGGAUGAAAAGCUAGCUAGUUACAUACUACCUGGCGCUCCUAUGGCACAAGUUCGUGGCAGUAGCAGUCAUUUGAAAGAAGAGCCAAGAGGAUGGUAGGCCACUGCCAGACAGGGCAGCAGCUCAAUUUUCAGCACUAGUUUAAUCAUAAUAUCUGGAGAUCCAUUUGCUUCGAUCGGUGUCUGCAUGGAGAAGCAAAGGUGAAAGAAAUAUCCUGCUUUUCCUACGUCUGAAAGCUUUAGAAGUGACGUGAGCCACUUCAUCGCGUGGCCUUCAAAAACAGCAGCCUAGCUUGCCUUCUCUGGAAGCUUAUAUUAGUGAUGAUUGAAAUAGGGAGAGUUUUCGGUAAUUUGCAGUUUUCCUCACCUUGUUGCACAUAUUAAUUCUUUUUUUUUUGUUUCUCCUGUUGUCUUUUGCUCCAGACGGAAUGGUGAUGUUUACAGAGGUGUAGCAUAGAAACUUGAUAUGAAUAAUUAGAAGGAAAAGCCUUUUUGUCAGUUACAAGGUAACCUUUCUGUCUGUAUGUGUAAUGCAUAUGCAAUUGCCUAGUUCUCUGCGAUCUCGCCUUGUGCAUGUAUUGGUUGUAUCGAAAAAACUACGAGUUUACCAGAGAUUCAAUAACAGAAUAAAGAGGCGAUGCUGAUAGCCUUCUUUUGA